UUUUUAAUGGGUAUUUUUAGAUAGGUUCACGACAAAUGGGGCAUAUACUUUUCCUCUCAACCCAUUCUCAGAUGCAUUCCUUAUCAAAGAGAUGCUUACAAGGCAGUUCAAUAGCGCUCUCUUUCAUUUCUUCACAACAAAUAGAUCAUGUAGGUGGUUUCAUUUUGUCUCCUUCAAGAUAGUAAUUAUCAGAAGUUAUAGUAAUCUCCUUUCAGUUUUCUUGAGAAGUUAGAAAUUCGGGCUGCCUCUCUGGGAAAUGAAUGGGAUCUAAUAUUCUCUUUAAUCUCCUGAUGAAAUCUUCUUCAUUAGCAUGCCUUUCGGAGAAAGCCUUUUCAAAAUUUUUCCUUACAUUUCGAAUUCUUGAAAGAAUUGGUAUAGGAGAAGUAUCCCUAUCAUCAUUUAUCGCUGAUUCUAACCUUGAAGAAGAAGGAUGUUCUUUAUUGGUUUCUACUAUGAAGCCUUCUAAUCAAUGUGGACAUGUUCCUUCCUCUGUAGGAACCUCAAAAGUUAUAUUUCAUUUAUAUCAUUUGUAGGCCUGUAAUUCAUUUUCUCUAAGAUAAGAGUCCUCAAAAUAAUUUUUUCUUUUAUUUAAUCACCUCUUUCUUAAUCCUUGAAAAACCUUUCAGAAAGGGAUCAAUUCUUAGAGGCUGAUUUUUUACUUCAGAAGGUUUGUUUCCCAUAUGAUUUU